AUCCCCAGCGGUACUGUUCAUAACAUUUGUCGAACCUUCGAAGCCCGUAUAUCAGCACAUCAUUACGAACGCGAUAGCGUCUACAUCUGCCGCGCUGCACGAAAUAUGAAGGAGCUCAUCCGUCAAAACCGUACAUAUGCAGAGCAACUACGAUCCGCGGAGGACGUCACGCUAUUCAACCUACCCACACAACUUGUCGACUUCUUACGAGAUCACGACAAUCUCUAUCGUGCCGCCUUUCGGCGUCGUUCAGCUGCUAGAAAGGCUAGGGCCUCUCCGAGUAUGGAUGUGCUUGAGCAAGUCACGCUUCGCCUGCAGAACAUACGGACUGCCUACUACGUCAACAUCAUCGAGAUGACUCGCUCAGAGACGGAACAUCGCCGCUUGAUGCACGACCCACUGUUUGUGGAAGAGUUCCCCGAGUGUACUGUACUACUGCAAGACGAAAUCGUUUGCCAACUCACCCGCCUUGAACAAAUACUCCAAAGCCCAGCGAAGGACAUAGAGCUCGAGAAUGUCGGUCCAGACCACAACGUCGAUGACUUCGGAGACGGGAUCUCGUUGACGACGGCUACCAUAGUCUCAGACUACCGCGAUCAAUCACAACGCUGCUGCAUUUGUCUCGACAAUUACAACAAGACACACACAGCCUUUCUCAUCACAGCCUGCAAACACACAGUCGGCAAAUCCUGCCUCGCCCAGUGGCUAAACAGCACCUCCAGCAACGCUAACCUCUGUCCCCACUGCCGCACACUCCUCUGCGAACGCCGCGCCCGCCAACCCAAA